AAUUUAGGUUGCACAGCUUCCCAAGCAGAAGCAGAAGUAAAGUUGAAGAUCUAGAGGAGUUGAAAGUCAAAUUUCUUUCUGAAACAAGAUUACUACUGCCAAGAUCUAGAGGAGUUGAUGAUGAUGAUGACCCUUGAGAUUCCAUCAUCUAGAUUCUAGGUAGAAGAAGAAGUUAAUCAGCAAGAACAUUAUACAUACUACUGCUAAGAUGCAGUUAGGGAAGUUAACAGUUGUUCUGUGUUGUGUUUGGGUAGUUACCAUUUUUUAUGGUGAGAUGUUUGCAUUCUGGGUUCCUUCAUCAUCAUGCUCUUGGCCUCAACUACUACAAGCAAGUAACAAUAAGGUGACCCAUGACGUUGGUGAUCAUGUGAAGGUUGCUGUUAUUACUGAUCCACAGCUUAUGGACCACACCUCCCUUGCGCUUGCUCCCAAAUCACUUGCUUUGGAAAUUGCACAAUUCUACACAGACUUGUACAUGCGGAGAUCAUUUCUUACUUCUAUAUUGCCAUUCAAACCUGACAUCAUUUUGUUCCUUGGUGAUUAUUUUGAUGGGGGACCUCAUUUGUCAGAUGAAGAGUGGCAGAAUUCAUUGAGUCGCUUCAGGCACAUCUUUGGUCUGAAUCACAGAGGAAGAUUUUCAGAUAUCCCAAAGUAUUACAUUUCUGGGAAUCAUGAUAAUGGCUAUUCAGCAAUCCUCUCACGAAAUCCGAAGGUUCUCGAUCGCUAUGAAAAAGAAUUUGGAUCAAGAAAUUAUCGCUUUGCUGUUGGUGAAGUGGAGUUUAUAGCUGUUGAUAGCCAAACUCUUGAUGGGCGGAAAGAGGGAAAUCUGACUUCCACCACUUGGGAUUUUGUCAAAAAUGUUUCUUCAGAUGUUGCGGCAAAAACAAGGGUGUUACUAACACAUAUCCCUCUGUACCGACCCGAUUGGACUCCUUGUGGGAGUCACCGUUCAUCCCCAAUUAUCAAUCAGAGGGUUUCUCGUGCUUCAGACCAAGAAGUAACGUAUCAGAAUUAUCUAACUGAGGAAACAUCACGGCUUUUACUGGACCUUAUCAACCCCGUACUUGUUCUGUCUGGUCAUGAUCACGAUCAGUGUACUGUAACACACCAAACACGUCGUGGCCACAUAAAAGAGCAUACUCUAGGGACAAUAAGUUGGCAACAGGGAAAUUUGUAUCCAUCUUUUAUGCUAUUGUUUGCCUCUAAGAAUCCCAUACUCUCAAAUACAUCGGAAGAUGUGGUAUCAACCUGGCUAUGUUUUCUUCCAAUGCAAACACACAUUUACAUAUGGUAUGCAUCUCUCUUCAUUCUUACAGUACUCGUGCUUCUCCUAUGGCCGGCACACGGUUUGGUUGUAGGGGGUCGUUAUAUUGGUUGGUUGGGGUCCAUGUGGAAGGCAUUUAUUAGUAGUGACCUAUUUAGGGGUGCAGGUAAAGAGAAGGACCAAGAAGAUGAGAACUGUGAGUAUGAGAUGGUCUGGGAUGCAGAAGGAUCCAUGCAUCUUGUCAAGAAAGUGUCGAUAAAGUGUAACGCUGCAAGUUCAACUGACUCAGAAUCAAUGGCAAGGGGCAGUGCUGUUCUGCGACCAGUGGCAAAGAAGAACAUCUCUCAGGAGGUAUCUGUUUCUGUAGAGAUGAACAAUGCAGAUACCCACAUGGAAGAGGGAGGCACGUCAGUUUCGCAGGGUAGAUUAAAUCAGUCGAAGAGAAAGUUGGUCUGCGGGAGAUCGGUUCGAACAUUAAGGUUCCUUUUAGCUAUUGCUGUUGUAAACUUGCCUCUGUAUAUGAUGUUUCUGGCCAAAGAUUGGAUUGACUAAUACUGUACGUGAGUUCAUUUACUAUUUGCGCACGAGUCACUCUUAUGAGCGGUUGCAGACAAAAAUUACUUUUGCAGUUUUGCUUUUUGUAAGAACUUAUGAACUCUUCAUCUCUGAAGAUUCUAAUAGCUGGCAGUGAUGAACCAGCUAAUACUUGGCAUUAUUAAAACAAGCAUUCUACCAUGAAAACCUUGAGAGAUAUUACACAUUAUCUCAAAUUGAGAAA